GCUGGUUUAUUUACACUCAAAACUUUGCAAACAUCUUUUAGAACUUGAAUGUGAAUGUAGUUUAGUUUCGCUAUGGCUUUGUUUAUUGUGUCUUCUAUGUGCAAGAACUCUGCAAGGCUUGCUACAAGAGCUGUGUUUCUGAAUUCAGGUGGUUUUGCUACAAGAGCUUCGUCCUUCAAGCCAUUAACUUCAACUAUAACAAGCUUCACAAGAAGGAUAUCGAAAAUAGACAAGUCAUUUCUAUACCAAAAGCUCCAAGAAAAAAGUUCUAUCAUAUUAACGCUCGGAUCAAUAUGUGCAGUAGCUGCAGCAGCCAAAACAAAGGGCAUCUUCUCAAUUGCUCAUUGUGGCCUUAAACUCAGUCACAAAAAUGUCUCUCUCUCAAAGAAGAAGCCUAACACAGAGGAGCAACCAAAGGCACCACCAAAAUUCAACUUUACAGAGUUUUUCAAGCUUCUACUUCCAGACAUAUGGCUCUUGCUACUAGCAAGCUUGAGUGCCUUUGCUGUUGCCAUGACAAAUAUCCAGUUACCAUUGUUGCUAGGCAACCUUGUCAAUGUAGUUUCAAAUUUAGCCUCUGAGGACCAUACUGGUGACUAUUUUGAGGUGUUACGGAAGCCGGUUGUGAAGUUAGUUGGACUGUAUGUUGCACAAUCAGGCUUAACAUUUGUGUAUAUAUCAGUAUUGUCAUGUCUAGGGGAACGUUUGGCAGAGAGAAUGAGGACAGCAUUGUUCUCGUCACUAAUACGACAAGAUAUUGCUUUCUUUGAUGGACACAAGACGGGAGAAUUGAUCAAUAGGCUUACUGCUGACAUACAAGACUUCAAAAGUUCUUUCAAACAAUGCAUCUCACAAGGGCUCAAAAGCUCUACACAAGUCAUAGGUUGUGUAUGUACAAUGUACUACAUGUCACCAAAGCUGACAGGUCUAAUGGUUGUAAUCAUCCCUUCAGUAGUUGUUUUUGGGACACUUUUUGGUUCAUUACUACGUAAGUUGUCGAGAAAAGCUCAAGAGCAGGUUGCCAAGGCAACAGCUGUUGCAGAUGAAGCAUUAGGAAAUGUGCGCACAGUUAGAGCAUUUGCAAUGGAAGAGAAAGAAUCUCUGUUAUACUCUCAGGAAGUUGGCAAGUCCAAGAGCCUAAAUGAAUUGCUGGGAUUCGGUAUUGGAGCUUUUCAAGCUGGUGCUAAUCUUACUAUAAAUGGACUAGUCCUUGUCGUGUUGUAUGCUGGUGGGUCCAUGCUGGCCAUGAGGGAACUACAACCAGGAGAUUUAAUGAGCUUUUUAGUUGCAACACAGACAAUACAAAGGUCCUUAGGAACCAUCUCAGUGCUAUUUGGCCAGGUAAUUCGUGGUAUGAGUGCUGGAGCUCGAGUAUUUGAGUACCUGUCAAUCAAACCGACAAUCCCUGUCACUGGAGGAAAGCAAUUUCCACUACAAGACAUCAGUGGUCAAGUAGACUUUGAAGACAUCACAUUCUCCUACCCUACAAGACCAGGGCAUAACGUUCUGAAGCACUUCUCGCUGUCUAUAGAGGCUGGUAAGAUGGUAGCACUAUGUGGACCUAGUGGGUCUGGAAAGUCUACAGUGGCAGCCUUACUGGAACGCUUCUAUGAGGUUGCUAGUGGAAGGAUACUUUUAGAUGGACAUGAUUUGAAAGACUUGGAUCCCACAUGGAUGAGAGGAUUAGUUAUUGGAUAUAUACAUCAGGAACCUAUUCUGUUUGCCACUUCAAUAAUGGAGAAUAUUAGAUAUGGGAAGCCCAAUGCUACUGACGACGAGAUUUAUGAGGCAGCAAGACUUUCCAAUGCCGAUGGUUUCAUCAGACAGUUUCCACAGGGCUAUGACACCGUGCUUGGAGAACGAGGAGUUACUGUAUCUGGCGGUCAGCGGCAACGGAUCGCUAUAGCGAGAGCAUUAUUGAAGAAUCCAGCAAUCCUUAUAUUAGAUGAAGCAACAAGUGCUCUUGAUGCAGAGUCUGAGAGACUUGUUCAGCAAGCAUUAGACCGACUAACUGAAGGUCGUACUGUUAUUGUAAUUGCUCACCGUCUUAGUACCAUACAAGGAGCAGAUAAGAUUGUUGUUCUUUCCCAUGGAAAAAUACAAGAGGUCGGUACACACCAACAGCUAAUGAAGCAAAAAGGACUGUAUGCCGAGCUUGUGAGAAGACAGAUGCAAGAUGAUGACGAUGAUGACGAUGACUGAUGAUGUAAGCCUCUCAUUGAAAUUGGUUUACCUUUAUUUUUUACGACAAAGGAACUCCAAACUAUGACAUUUUCUCAACCUCGUUCCCUGAUCCUUUUUCCGAGAAAAAAUAAGCCCUGGGAACAAGUUUGACAUUUUCUACCUCUUCGUAGGUAUUUUUUAAUGGGGAGAAUCUACGUAGCACUCAGUUGAUGUAAUAUAUUUAAAAGAUUUUAAUGAAAAACCUUGUCUGAGUUGAUUGUGUGAAAUAUGUUUUGAUGGUCUUUUCCGAUAAUGUGCCAAAUUUUAAUUUCUUUGAAAUGUCUUCUGAAAAGACUGGGUAUUGAGCUAACAACAACGGUCGAACCCUAACCACCAUUUGCUUACUUAGAACUUCAACAAACUGCUUUUGACACUCCUCACUCAAAACCGGGGGGGAGGGGUACUCCCAUAUAUUUGCUAUACGGGGACGUGCCGCUGGCCAGGGUAUGGUUUUUGG